GCUCAUACGGCCCACCCAAUAAACAGAAAAGGAAACGGAGAAACGAAUUCCGAGUCUCCGACUCUGAGCUUAGUCGACGGAAUACUCAACAGACCGGUUCGCCGGAGUCGCCACUGGAACCUUAUCAGAAAAUUCCCUAGUACAUCAUCUGUGGAUCUCCGACGACCGGUAAACGGAUUCUGUGAUAUUUCCGGAAGCUCAUUUCACUGUAAUAUUUUUACGUUAAACCCUUCCGCAGGGUUUUAUAAUCUCCUCAACUUUCACUAAUGCGCCAGAUUUUAUGUAGAGCUCGGUUACAAUGGUUUGCGAGCUCAACUUUGCGGCUAAAGCCCCCUCUCUACUUGGGCGACUGGUUGGACCUAGCAGAGUUGAAGCAUUGUGUACUUUGACAACUUCUAAUGGUUUAAUGCACUGGACAGAUUCAACUACAAAACCCUUUCAGGAGCAAAUUGUUGAUGCACUCUGCUUGGGAGAGAGGAGUAAAGCUUCUAGUUUGCUGUCAGAGCUUGUGCGGACUGUCAAAACAUUGAAAGCCAAUGAUUUUCUUUUAGUUCUGCAGUAUUGUGCUAGAUUGCCUGAUCCACUGUUUGCCUUGGAAACAUGGAAAGUGAUGGAGGAAAAGGAAAUUUAUGCAGGUGGCAAAUGCUACUUUUAUACCGUUCGAGCACUUUGCAAGGGAGGCUAUCUGAAAGAGGCAUUCAACUUGAUGGGCUUGCUGCGAGAAAAUCCUGCUAUGUAUCCGCUUUUGCCCCUGUACAACAGUUUCUUCAGUGCUUGUGUUCAAAAUGAAAGUGUAAACUAUGCUAACAACUGCUUAGAAUUGAUGGAACACCAGAGUGGCAACAAUGAAAUAACAUACGCUCUGCUUCUCAAGCUUGCAGUUUUACAUCAAAAUCUGCCUGCAGUGCAUGAGAUAUGGAAGGAGAGCAUCAAAUACUAUAGUCUAAAUAUCAUUUCUCUACGAAAGUUCAUAUGGUCCUUCACAAGGUUGAGAGACUUGGAAUCUGCCUAUGUGACCUUACAGUACAUGGUGCGUAUGGCUUUCCGAGGAAACUCUGUCAUCUUUAAGACUGCUGAAGGAAAGUUAUCUGAUUCAAGAUUGGACAUACCAAUUCCGUUGAAUGGUCACUUGAGCCUCAAGAAUUGUACCAAAGACAAUGGUAUUGUACCUUCUGUACCUGAAAAUGUAGACAGGAGUGUUACAAACCCUGGCAAGCUUGGGUUUGAAUUCAAGUUUGGUGUGGAAAGUCAUGGAGCUAGCAGGGUCAUCACAAGUAGGCCAGUAAAACAUCUAGAGCUUCCUGUUAUGAAGCUACUUAGGUGGUCUUUCAGUGAUGUGAUACAUGCGUGUGCAGACAUGCAAAACUGUACAUUAGCAGAGCGGUUGAUUUCACAGAUGCAAAAUCUUGGUUUGGAACCAUCUUCCGGCACAUAUGACGGCUUCUUAAGAGCAGUUGUGCAAGCAAGAGGUUUUUAUGAUGGCAUGCAAGUGCUAGAAGUUAUGCAACAGAAAAAAUUGAAGCCUUAUGAUUCUACUCUUGCAGCUAUUUCCGUUGGUUGCAGCAAAGGUUUACAACUAGAUUUGGCUGAGUCCUUCCUGGAUAAAAUAUCAAAAACUCCAAGUCCUUAUCCUUAUAACGCCUUUUUUGAAGCAUGUGAUGUUCUGGAUCGACCUGAACGUGCUGUUCGAAUGUUAGCUAAAAUGAAAAAAUUGAAUAUCCAGCCUGAUGUCAGGACUUAUGAGCUGCUGUUUUCAUUGUUUGGUAAUGUGAAUGAACCUUAUGAAGAGGGCAAUAUGUUGUCACAUGUGGAUGUUGCUAGACGGAUAACUGCUAUAGAAAUAGAUAUGAUGAAGAAUGGCAUUCAACAUAGUCAUGUAUCAUUGAAGAAUUUGCUAAGAGCACUUGGAAUGGAGGGUAUGAUAAAGGAGCUUACUCAGUAUCUGCAUGAUGCUGAAAGACCAUCUUCUAGCUUAUAUGCUUUGCUGGGAACGCCUGUCUAUAAUGUAGUUUUGCAUUCACUUGUCCAGGCUAAAGAAACGCAUAUGGCUGUAGAAACAUUCAAAAUAAUGAAAUCGAGAGGAAUUUCAUCAGAUGCUGUUACAUAUUCUAUCAUGACCAAUUGUUGCAGCACUAUGAAAAGUGCUAGAUCUGCUUAUGCCCUGGUUUCGAUGAUGAUUCGUGAUGGUUUUUAUCCAGAGACUGUUACAUACACUAGUCUCAUUAAGACUUUGCUGGGACUUGAUGACUUUAACGAGGCACUGAAGUUGCUUAAUCAGGGGAAGCUGGACAAAGUCCAACCAGAUGUGCUGUUAUACAACACUCUUCUUCAAGAAGCAUGUCAAAAGGAAAAAAUUGAUGUGAUUGAGCUUAUUGUUGAACAGAUGCACCGAGAGAAGAUCCAACCUGAUCCAUCAACCUGUCAUUAUGUUUUCUCUGCAUAUGUUGACCAAGGUUUCUACAGCACUGCAAUGGAAGCAUUGCUUGUGAUGAGUAUGCGAAUGAUCGAGGAUGAUGACAUUCGUGAAGAAGAAAGGGCUGAAUUUGAAAAUCUAAUUGUUGCUGAAGACAUGGAAGCUCAUAAUAGACCUUUUAAAAUCUCUAUGGAUGAUAUCCAUUUCGCCCUAUUGCACUUGAGAUGUGUGCAUAUGCUUGGAUACACGGUAUCAUGGUUACCAAAUGAGAGUCAGUGGGCCAAGAGACUUUCAGAAAAUUAUGCACUACUCCUUGAGAAGUAGUUAGGGGCAACUAACACAUUCGUUAGGGAAGUGAUAUUAGGCAUUUACAGAGCGAUAGUGCUGCAUCAAUUAAUUACUGAUGAUUCACUCAUGGAGUAGGAUGGAUAAGCGUCUCACAACUCGUGGAGCAAACGGAUAACCUUCCUACACCAAUUUGGACACAUUUACAGCCAAGAAUUGUCCCUGACUGUUGGUAGUUCAGAGUUCAUUGUCACUUGUACUUUCCUUUUUUCUUUUGGUUUGGUAGAAAGCAACUAUUUUUCCGUUCAUUGUGCCGGUAAUCUGCGUCAAUGCGAGUUAGAGAACAGUAGCAUUUUUUGCUGUACCAAACCCAGUUUUGUAGACAAGGAAUAGACCGCGUCUGUGCAUAGACAAAUCUGUAGCUGUUGGCUAGAUUAGAGUUUGUAUGUUUACUGAGUCAAAUUUUGAAUAUCUGACAUGAAGAACAAUAAUGACGUACAUGUACAAUUAUGAUGUAUGUCGUAAUGUCCUUUUUUUUUUUGGUC